AAACGCUCCAGUCAUGUUUACAUUGUACCUGAAGAAAUCACAUUAAUUAAAAGAAGCAAAACAGAAAUGUUCAUGCGAAAACUGACAUUUAUGAGAAGGCAGCAUGGUUCUCCUGUGGUUCUUCAGUUUCCUAGUAGUGAAGGUCUACAUUGUUGAGCUGGUACCUGUGACAGGAGUGGUCUAUGAUCCAGCAGACUCUAAAGACCUCACUAAGGAGGACUUAAUAAAGGCUCAGGAAUACAUAGAUCGAUUCUACAAUGCAUCUACUAAGUCAAGAAAGGUGACCAAUCUAACUGAAGACAAAAUCAAGGCCAUGCAAACGUUUUUUGGACUUCAUGUCACCGGAAAAAUAAACCAGGAAACUCUGGAAGUUAUGAAGAAACCCAGAUGUGGAGUCCCUGACGUCCAGAGGUUCAGCCAUUUUCCUGGGAAGCCUAAAUGGGAAAAAACAUCCCUGACCUACAGAAUUGUCAACUACUCUCCAGAUAUCCCCAACUCAGAAGUUGAUUAUGCAAUUGCACAGGCCCUCAGGCUAUGGAGUGAGGUUACACCUUUAAAGUUUCGCCAGAUUUAUAGUGGUGAAGGGGAUAUUAUGAUAUCUUUUGGAUUCAGAGACCAUGGGGAUUUCUUUCCAUUUGAUGGACCACUUGGAAUCUUGGCACAUGCUUUUGCACCAGGUAAUGGGAUUGGAGGAGAUGCUCACUUUGAUGAAGAAGAGACAUGGACAUUGGGUCCCCAAGGUAUCAGCAUUUUCUUAGUCGCGCUUCAUGAACUGGGCCAUGCUUUGGGACUGGAGCACUCAAGAUAUGAGCAGGCCAUAAUGUAUCCAACUCUAUCACAAAAUUCAUUUGUGGACCCAACCAAGUUUAAAUUAUUUAAAGAUGACAUUGAAGGCAUCCAAGCUCUCUAUGGACCAAGAAUUCCCAAUGUGCAAAAACCAACAGUGAAACCCCAGCCUAAACCACCAAAGGAACCCCAGCCUAAACCACCAAAGGAACCCCAGCCUAAACCACCAAAGGAACCCCAGCCUAAACCACCAAAGGAACCUCAGCCUAAACCACCAAAGGAACCUCAGCCUAAACCACCAAAGGAACCCCAGCCUAAACCACCAAAGGAACCCCAGCCUAAACCACCAAAGGAACCUCAGCCUAAACCACCAAAGGAACCUCAGCCUAAACCACCAAAGCUACCUCAGCCUAAACCACCAAAGCUACCUCAGCCUAAACCACCAAAUAAACCGGUUCCUAAGCCUACAAAGCAACCUCUACCGCAGCCUCCAAAGAAACCUAAACCGACAAAGAAACCUGAAUCUAAACCAACAAGGAAGCCAGAGGGAAAACCAACCAAGGCAUCAAAGCCAGCUGAUGUCCCACGAAACCCAACAGCACCCAGAAAAUGUGACCGAGAACUAAAGUUUGAUGCAAUAACUAGCAUGAGAGGAGAUCUGCUGUUUUUUAAGGAAGGGAUAAUAUGGAGGAAAAGUGCAACAAAAAGCAAUAUUGAUACCCUCUUACUUAACGCUACUUGGCCAAGAUUACAAAGUGUGGAUGCAGCCUAUGAGGUUCCACAGAGAGACAUUGUCUACCUUUUCAAAGGCCGACACUUUUGGAUUACGAGAGGUUUUAGCAUGGUCCUGGACUAUCCCCAAGAUAUCUCCCAGUUUGGUUUCCCAAGUUCUGUUAAGAAAAUAGAUGCUGCAUUGUUCUUAAAAGAAGAAAGGAAAACCAUUUUUUUUGUGCGAGAUAAGUACUGGAGCUAUGAUUACUUCAGUCUCAAAAUGGACUCCAAAUCUCCAAGGAAAAUUAAAAAUGGCUUUCCUGGAAUUGGGAAAAGGGUGGAGGUGGCUUUUCAGGAUAAUGAUCACCUGUAUUUCUCCAGUGGAGCCAACCAGAUUGAAUAUAGCCCUAGGAGGAAACAUGUCAUCCGCAAGAUCCCAAAUUAUCAAUGGCUGAACUGCAAAUGAAGAUAUCUGCUCUCUCAGAUUUAUGAUAACAUACAGCAUGCAUGUCAAUGUGAAAUAAAUCUCUA